AUGGUCAACCUCACAAAAUCCCGUAUGGGAGAUGGUGAUCAUCAUUUUCUUGUUGGGGGUGACCCAACACAUCAACCCGAACCAGAAGCGUUCGACAAACAGCUCCGAAAAGAAUUUCGUGUUGAUGAUUGUGUUGUUGGAGAGUUUGAAGUCGGAUCACUGCUGUCAAAAUCUACUUUAUUUAUUUGUAAAGACCGAAUUCUCAACAAGAAACCAAAAUUGAAUAUUUCAUACAAAGAUAUUUCAUCAUUAAAAUGUAUCAAGAAGAAGGUGACAUUUGUUUUUGACACUGACAAUGAGCAAGUGACUUUGAAAUGCAAGAAUAUUGAAUCUUCAACUUCGAUAUACAACUUGGUGAGAGAAUUGUAUCACAUUCAGGCUGGAAAAGCAUUAGAGACCAUUGAAUUGGGAGAAAAGAACUCACAGCUACAAAACGAUAUAAUGCCUGCGAGGGUUUCUAUGGAACAAGACAAGAAUGGCUCAGUAGAUGACAAUAACAAGAAACCUGCUACGGGAGGUAUUGUAGCUCAAAUGUUAGGCAAAACCAUUGUGGACUUUAAAGUUCUCAUACUCAAUCAACAACAUGAUUAUUUAGAAUCAACCAUGUUACUUCAAAAACAAUCCUUUGCAUACAGCUCUCAUGAAUUCAAAUUUUCAGAAAUUACCCAGUUCUCAAUUUCAAGUUUGCCAUUUCAUUUACAAAUCAAACUCGAUGACAAUCCAAAAAUCAAAUCUAUAACAUUUUUUUGUAGAGACUAUAUAUCAUUUGCACAAACUCUCAAAAAGAAACAUUCGACAUUGGAAAUUAAUUUUUCGCCUAAUUGCAGAUCUAGCAAAAUUAAGGGAGGUUGGUGCAACGAUGUUGCCAUUUUGGGAGGAUCAGAAUCAGGCUCUGGACAUCCACCUGUAAUUAUGAUGUUAAAACCCACAGCAGGAACAACCCACAAGAAAGUGUUAUCAAUGGUAUCACCACUUGCCGAAGCAGAAAAGAAACUUGAUGAUAUCCAUUCUUCCAAUAGCAACAAUUUGGACAAAGCAGUGGAUCAAGAACAAACCACCACACCCAACAAAAUGUUGGAUUUGGGAGAAGUCAAAACAGCUCCUCCUCAUUUGAGAAGUAGAUCUGUAUUCACACCAAAUUUUUCUCCCUCAUCAGUCAUGUUAAAACCAGUUUCAUCUGACAAACGCUUGAGCGACAAGAUUGAAACAUCGCCAAUGAUGACUGGUAAUGCUUUCAGAGGAUCUCCAUCCAUCGUUGUUACUCCUGAAAAAUCUCAAUCUGUAAAAUCACCUCAAGUCACAUCUCCCAACAACACAACUAGUGCCUAUUUUGCAACACCAACGAAUUCAUCCAACUUGACAGAGGCAACCAAUGAGGAAGGUAAAAUUGUUCAUUUAAAUAUUGGAAGAGCAAAGCAAGCAAAAAGGGCACCAAGAAAGGCUCCAAGUGGCAAAGACAAGAAUGUGUUGUUUGAAAAGUUAGAAGAUGCCUCAAAAGAAAGAGUGAUUAUGGUUGGCUCUGAAACCAUCACCAACCCUUCGGUUAUGAGCACUACUUCCCCAACAGUUGAUUUAGAUGCCAUAACACAAAGACGAAAAUCAAGUGUUAAAGGUGAAACAACAACAACAGAAAACACUCAAAAUUCAACUGAUCAAAUGUACACUGUGUAA